CGCCACCUCAAACAAACCGCAUUCACUCUUCCUUUUGCUUUGGCAAGAGAACAAAGCGGGGUUUUUAUCUCGUUGUAUCAUGAGCGCUCCCAUUGACGACCUGCUGUUCGGCGGUGACGACUCUGGAGAUGAAGACGAUAUGAACAGUACGUGCGUCUGCGUCUCCUCUAUCCGUUCGUCCCUUUCUCGCCUCUAACAACGCUCUGUCUGUCCUGAAACGCCCUUCAUCGCACAGCCUCCAUGCGCUCGUUCAGUGGCGUCCCACUCGCCGCUGCUGUAGCGCCCCCGGGGGGUCUAUUAGCACCCGUAUCGAAGCCGAUCACGCCUCCCGCAGGCGCCACUCCCAUCCGUCCACAGCCGCAGCCUCUAGCGCCCACUCCUGCGCCCGCUGUAUCCGCCGUACCGGUCGCCACACCGGCCAAGCAGUCGCCCGGCUCGGGACAGCAAAUGUUUCAGCAAAUGUUCGCAUUACUGAAGCAAAUGUUACCUGUAGAGCAGUACGCGGCGCUGCACUCGGAGAUGCGCAAGGGUAACGGCAACGACAUUAAAUCCAUCGUGGAUAUUAUCAAGCGGAUCGCAGGCGACGCAAUCUUCUCCAGUGUCAUCCAGAAGAUGGACUUAACACGGACUUUUCCCACCAAUAAUACGCCGGUAAGACAGCACGCGCAUCAGGUAUAACGUACACCUCGAAGCUGACUGUAUGUACGAUACUAGGGAACUUUUAACGCUGUUAAGCCGGAACCAGGAGCAUCAGCGACCAAUGCUGGAGCUAUGGGCAGACCUAUAGCGGCCAGGAGUGCAGUGACGACCACUGCGUCACCGAAAGUUACGGCUAUUGCUCCGAACACGCGGCCUAUUGCUGCUGCACCGCCGACUCUCGCUGCGGCGCCUGUGGCGAUGCCGGCGUCGAUUGCUGCGCAGAUUACGAGGCCGACAUCGAUUCAUCCAUCAGCAGGGACAGUCAGCACGCCGCCAGCGAAGACUGGGGUGAAACCUGAGCCUGCAACCACAGCUACGACCACCGGAACCGCUACGACUACAACCACGUCGCCUCCUAAUGCUGCGUCGGCGGUCGCUCAAUCGAGGAAUGAAGCGCUGGAGAAAAUCAUGUUUGCCAAGCGGUUGUUGUCCCAUGCAGCCACGUGUUCGCUGGGCCACGGUGUUUGUCAGGUUAAGAAGUGUGACGAUGUGCGUCGAGUGUUCAAGCACAGCUUGUCGUGUGGAGGAACGAACGGAUGUUCGCACUGUGAGCAGCUUAAAGGACUGGUGAAGUACCACGCGAAGGAGUGUGCUGUGGGGAUCACAGACCACUGCUCGAUCCCGUUCUGCGAUGGCUUAAGACGUACAUAUGCUCAGAAUCAAGCGACGUUGGCAGCGAAGGCGAAGGCCGCGCAAGCUGCGGGUGUUAGACGCGGUGCAGGAAGCGAUGACGACGACGACAACACGCCUUUGUCUUCUGCUGUGAAAGCCAAGAAGAACGCAAAGACCAAAUCGCCGAAGAACGCGCCUCUGAAGCGUAAAGUGUCGAACGCGUCGCUCCCGAGGACGAACAGUUCGUCGCCCGGGCCUUCGACGGUGUCGACUCCUACCAUCACGAGCGCUUCCACCCCUGCCAAACCUCAACAGAAGAACGUUACUGCCAAUAUGACCCAGGAAUACGGUCGACUAUUGCAGUUAAUUCUUCACGUGGAAAAAUGUACGACCGUGGCGUGUCCUGUUGGCGAAGAAUGCGCCGAGUCGAAGGCCAUCAUGAAGCAGAUGAGCUCUCCAAACCCACCGGCUCGCGCUAAAACGUACAAGCAAGUGUACGGCCACUACAAGACCUGUCUGGCGAAGAAUAAUACUGCGAACUGCCCCAUGUGUAAGAUCGGGUUGUUACCGAUACUUCCAGCCAUACCAGCGCCAUCACCGCCAGCCGUCAAGCCGUUUGUCCCGACUGUAAGCACUACCGCUCCAUCUGUAACUUCGUCGCCUUCGGGAGCAUUGAAACGUAACAGCACGGCCGUAUCACCGACGCCACGUUCUCCUUUGAAGAAGCCUCGUACGAAUUCCACCAGUCGCGGGAAAGCUACAGCUGCAGAGGUAGCAGCGCUGAGUGCGGCCGCGUCCGAAUUGGUGAGUCAAGAACUCGCUCAAGCCAGCGUCGCAGAUAUCCGCAAAGAGGCUGAUGUGUUGACACACACGAACAUUGAGCUGGGCACGGAACGACGGAUCAUGAUGGAAGGUGUGCGUCGUGUGCGUAUGGCCGAGCAGUUGCCAUGUAAGAAGGAAGAGUGGGUGGAGAAAGACUUAUUUAAUUCCGAGAAACUGCGCGCCCAGGUCAGCGAAGUCAGUAGGCGGUCAGGUGUCCAGCUUGGAGGCCAAUCCAGCGACGUGAUGGCGUAUGCUCUCCAUGUAUACUUGAAGCAAGUGAUUGAAGAAAUGGUGGAGAUCUCGAAACAGCGUGGUGACUCGCAAGCGCAGGCUCUAGACGCUUUACAGAAGACACAGAGGGCUGGAGGAGGCCACAUGGAGCUCACGGCGACGGAUAUCUUACGUGUUAGCUGCGAAGACUCGUUCAAUACUUUACGACAAGAAGAUCUAGCGAGACGAUCGCAGUUGUUGGAGGACGCUAAGCGCGAAGAACAGAUCGAACGGGAACGUGCCAAGAAACGCAAGAAAGUGGACCGCAGUAAACUCAACCAGGACGAACGAGACGAAGCGGAGAUGGACAUAGAAGAACUCGCCGUGAAGGAUCUGAAGGACCGAUUGUUGCAGCAAGACAAGAGCGGCGUGGUCAAAGUGGAUGGACGCGUCAAUGAGAGCAUCUCGGCGAGGUAUGCGCCGCGCCAGAUGGACAACCAAGUGACGAUGGAAGAUGCCAACUACUGGUUGUUGAGCCAGAAGCCAUACAUCCGUCCCAAGCUCUUUGUUCGUGCUGAGGCUGCGCGUAUUGUGACCAAGUCGCUGCUCUGAGAGGUGUGACGAUGGGGAUGCAAUAAAUUAAAGAGCCUGAAGUGACUUGGCUUGUAUUGCUGACUAUUCGAAGCGCGAGUGGAUCCGUACUUCGCCCUUCUUGGCGGCUUCGGGGAUGUUGGCAGUGCGGAAGGCGUAGACAUCCGACCCGAUCAUUGAUGCGCCUACAGAAAUAGGCAGAAACAGUUAAACACAAACACACUCUUUUUGUCAUGUGUCAAUGUUGUACCUGGAAUAGCAGAGGAAUCCGCGACGUAGAUAUCUUGUCCAUCGUUACGCAG